AUGAAUCGGAUUCAGGCGACCGACGAGCUCUCUUUCCGGGUCGGCUUCUCCGGUUACAGCGGCCACCUCCGGGUGGAGCCUAUCUCCACCGUCGAGCGUGACGACCCAAUCAAGUCUCUCCCAGAUUUCAUUCUCCCCCCGGCAUUUCCUGAGGAAACUUAUGAAUCUAUAAAGGAGCAUAUAGAGGAAAGGUACUUGUUGCCGAGGUUAGACGAGGAGGAAUUCUCUGCCGAGAAAGCCGGGAGGCAAUGGGAGUUUGAUUGGUUUGAGAGGGUAAAAGUACCGUUGGAGCCAUCACAGCCUCGGUCAGUGGUGGUGCCAACGUGGGAGCUGCCUUUCAGAAGGAACCAAAAGGGUUCUACACAAGGAGUAUGGGUGCCCAAUUCGGUCGAGGUGGAUGUGUUAGAAUUAACUGUUGGAGAUCAAGAGUAUGGCCCUCUUCCACGCAUGACUGGGCCUGCGAAGGAUUUUGUCAGAGGAAGCAUCAAUAAUCGACCCUUUCGUCCUGGAGGUUUGGAUGAUGGUCAUUCUUUAGAGAGAACAAUUCCUGAUGGUGCUCGUAAUGGGCAAUGGGUACGUGAACUGCUGAAUGGAGGCCCGGCUCUGUCUACUCCUCCAGGCCUAAAAAAUGGACUAGACUUGGGAGAUCUUAAGGCAUAUCCAUGCUCCUGGAAUGUCUACAAGGACCAAACUCCUAUUAGUAGCACAUCGGACGAGAAAUUGGGCGAGUUAUCUGUGCAGUUUGAUGACUUAUUUAAAAGGGCAUGGGAUGAAGGUGAUGUUACUCAGCUGGAAGUAGAAGAGGAAUCGUCAGACCCAGAUGGUGAAGUGGAGGUUGAGGGACCAAACAAUGUCCCUGUCUUAGAUGUUGAAGUGAAGGUUGAGGGGCCAAGCAAUGCCACCCAGCCUGAAUCAUCUUUUUUAGAGGAGAUACUGUCUGUUGAAUCAGGUGGAUUGACAACCAGUUCAGACAGGAAUGUUAAUGAUGAUGGAAGCCAAAAUAAAGAGGUUCUGUCUCUCACUGGGGGUAAUGAUUGGAUUGCAAAGCACUUCUAUGAGCUCGUGCCUGACAUGGCUCUCAAUUUUCCUUUUGAAUUGGAUGCAUUUCAAAAAGAGGCUAUCUAUUUUCUUGAAAAGGGAGAAUCUGUAUUUGUUGCUGCUCAUACAUCAGCAGGGAAGACUGUGGUUGCAGAAUAUGCAUUUGCACUUGCAUCUAAACACUGCACCAGGGCCGUCUACACUGCACCCAUCAAAACUAUCAGCAACCAAAAGUACCGGGAUUUUUGUGACAAGUUUGAUGUUGGCCUUCUGACAGGUGACAUUAGUUUGAGACCAGAAGCUUCUUGUCUUAUCAUGACAACUGAAAUAUUAAGAUCAAUGCUCUAUCGGGGUGCGGAUAUCAUACGGGAUAUUGAAUGGGUUAUAUUUGAUGAAGUACAUUAUGUCAAUGAUGUUGAAAGAGGUGUUGUUUGGGAAGAAGUUAUAAUAAUGCUUCCAAGGCAUGUCAACAUCGUCCUCCUCUCGGCAACGGUUCCGAACACUAAAGAAUUUGCUGACUGGAUUAGUAGAACAAAGAAAAAGGAUAUUCGUCUUACUGGAACAACAAAAAGACCAGUGCCAUUGGAGCAUUGCAUAUUUUAUUCAGGAGAGCUGUACAAAAUAUGCGAGAAUGAAACACUUAUAGCCCAGGGAUUGAAAGCUGCUAAGGAUGCAUGGAAGAAGAAAAACUCUAAUACUCCUGGUGGAAGUACUGGACCUCUACCAGGGUCUCCAGCUGUGCAAAGUGGAGGACGUGGUCAAAAGCACGAGUUGUCUAAUCGUGGCAAACAGACUAAGCAUUCUGGUCCUCAGAAUAUGGGAAACCGUGGAAAUCAAAACAGAGGCACUGGUCAGUCUAACUGGGGUCCAAGGAGAUCCGAGGCUCAAAUGUGGUUGCAGCUUGUUAACAAGCUUUCAAAGAACUCCUUGCUUCCUGUAGUUGUAUUUUGCUUCUCAAAGAAUUGGUGUGAUAGAUCUGCUGAUAGCUUAACUGGGACUGACCUUACGAAUCGUUCCGAGAAAAGUGAGAUCCGUGUUUUCUGUGACAAGGCAUUUUCGCGACUAAAGGGAUCAGAUCGUGAUUUACCACAGAUUGUAAGAGUUCAAGGCCUUUUGCAAAGAGGGAUCGGUGUGCACCAUGCUGGUCUGCUUCCAAUAGUAAAGGAGGUUGUUGAAAUGCUGUUCUGCCGAGGAGUGAUUAAGGUCUUAUUUUCAACGGAGACAUUUGCCAUGGGGGUUAAUGCCCCAGCUAGGACAGUUAUAUUUGAUUCUUUGAGGAAGUUUGAUGGCAAGGAAUUCAGACAUUUACUCCCUGGAGAAUACACUCAAAUGGCUGGCCGUGCUGGGAGAAGGGGCCUUGACAAAAUUGGUACAGUAGUUGUUUUGUGCCGCGAUGAGAUUCCCGAUGAUAGUGAUUUAAGACGCAUAAUAGUUGGGAGUGCUACGAGGCUUGAAUCUCAGUUUCGACUGACGUAUAUUAUGAUCUUGCAUCUUCUUCGAGUUGAAGAAUUAAAGGUGGAGGAUAUGCUGAAGAGAAGUUUCGCUGAGUUCCAUGCUCAGAGAAAACUUCCUGAAAAACAACAACUACUUCUGCGGAAGCUUGCUCUGCCUACAAAAACUAUUGAUUGUAUCAAAGGCGAACCUUCAAUUGAAGAGUAUUACCAGAUGCAGUUAGAAGCUCAAGAUUAUGAUGACCAAAUAUCGGUUGCAGUUAUGCAGUCCUCUGCUGCUCAACAAUUUCUGAACCCUGGAAGAGUGGUUGUUGUGAGAUCACAAUCAGCACAAGAUCAUUUGCUUGGAGUGGUCCUGAAAGCUCCUUCAGCCACAAUGAAACACAUAGUCUUGGUGCUGAAACCUGAUUUACCACAAUCUUUGCAAAUCUCCUCAAGUAGUGGUAACAUGCAAGACCAAAAGGGCAGUGAUUUCCCGCAGGCUGUUAUGUUGAUGCCCAAAUCAAAACGUGGGUUUGAUGAACAGUACUUAACCUCAGCUGGCUCUCGGAAAGCUUCAGGAGCUGUGAACAUAAAAUUACCAUAUCAGGGUUUUGCAGCUGGUUUCAGCUUCGAAGUCAGAGAGAUGGAUAGCAAAGAAUUUUUGAGCAUAUGUGAUCGUAAACAAAAGAUUGACCAAGUUCGGCUUCUUGAAGAUGGUAACAGUGCAGCUUUCUCUAAGACAGUUCAAGAGCUGUCGAAACAUAGAACUGACGGGAAGUAUCCUCCACCCCUAGAUCCAAUAAAAGACCUGAAGUUGAAGGAUGUCGAUCUUGUGGAAGCAUAUGGAAAAUGGACAAACCUACUGCAAAAGAUGGCCAUGAAUAAAUGUCACGGGUGCAUAAAGUUGGAGGUACACCUGGCUUUGGCAAAGGAGAUAAAGAGCCACAAUGAUGAAGUUGAUUCUCUGCAGUAUCAACUAUCAGAUGAAGCACUAAAACAGAUGCCGGAUUUUCAAGGCCGGAUAGAUGUGCUGAAGGACAUAGGGUGCAUUGAUGCUGACCAUGUAGUUCAAAUCAAAGGUCGUGUUGCCUGUGAGAUGAACUCAGGGGAGGAAUUGAUAUGCACGGAAUGCUUGUUUGAAAAUCAACUUGAUGACCUGGAACCCGAGGAAGCUGUAGCGAUUAUGUCUGCCUUUGUGUUCCAGCAGAGGAAUACUUCCGAUCCUUCACUGACACCAAAACUCAAACAAGCAAAAGAAAGAUUGUACAACACAGCUAUAAGGCUGGGAGAGCUUCAAGCCGGGCAUAACCUACAGAUAAACCCCGAGGAGUACGCCCAGGAAAAUCUGAAGUUUGGUCUUGUUGAAGUCGUGUAUGAGUGGGCAAAGGGUACUCCCUUUUCCGAGAUCUGUGAACUGACUGAUGUUCCUGAGGGGCUGAUUGUACGGACCAUUGUGAGGCUGGACGAGACGUGCCGUGAAUUCAAGAACGCCGCUUCCAUAAUGGGCAACUCCGCGCUCUACAAGAAGAUGGAUUUAGCCUCCAAUGCAAUCAAGCGGGACAUCGUUUUUGCAGCUAGCUUGUACAUCACCGGAGUGUAA